GGCAACUUGACAACGGCAGCGAGAUGAAGACGGCGAGGGCUUGAAAAAGAAACGAGGUGUCCGUACCAGGCUGAAGGCCCAUCCGCCGACACAAAGGCAGACCAGCUUCGCCAUGUUGGAAGCGGAUAGCGCCCUCGUCCCUGCGCGACCGAGGCCCGGGAAAACGUAAAAACGCGUCGGUGAGUGUUUCUAAAAACGGAGUCGGGGGCUACGCAGAGGAGCGGAGCGGCGAGGCGCGGAGCUCGGGGCGGGCGGGAGGACAGCGGCUUCACCGGUCAGCCAUGGGGGAUGCGGCCCGUGGUCGCCAGCGUCUAAUUUCCCAUCCGGCCCACGCUCAUUUUCAUGGGAAUUACCGUUGAACGCGAAGGCCAGCCGGGACAACCCACCGACUGACGUUCCGAGGGGGAGGAAAACGCGAAGCGGACCCCCCACGUCAAUGACUGUUGCGGCAGAGGAGCCCCCACGGUGGAGUCGGCCGGUUCCCAAAAUAUGACCAGGGGUGCUGGGACGUGUCGGCAGCAAGAAGAUGACGACGGCUUCCAAAUCUGGCUCGAGCCCCCCCGCGACAACCAAAAGCCAUUCACCGACUCCGAGAGGGCGCAGAGAUGGCGACUGUCCUUGGCGUCCCUCUUGUUCCUCACCAUCCUCCUCUCCGAUCACCUGUGGUUCUGCGCCGGGGCCAAGCUGGCCCGGACCCGGGUCAAGUUGGCGUCCUCCCACCUCCUCUCCCCCCAGACCCACUCAGCACACAGCAGCCUCAGAGGAACCCCAGAUGAUAUUUUUAUAGGAAACUCUGUCAAACAAGUGUGGCGUCUUGAAAGUUGCCGCCGGGAUAGUUUCUCUCGGAACUGCUUCACUUUCGCAGACGCCGACCACUUGUGCGAGGGCCUCCGCGACACCGAGGGCACGCCGGCUGUAAAUAUGAGCGAUUUGUACCUCUCCUUUUGUAACUCCUACUCUCUGCUGGAUUUGCUCUACGGGUCGACGAGUCCGGACAAUUUGAACUGCAGCCUCGACGUGCUGGGCGACGCGACCCGCUGCAGCCUGUGCGUGGAGGCGUACCAGCGCUACGACCAGCACGCGCAGGAGAAGUACGAGGACUUCGAGCUGCUGACCGACAAAUACGACCCGGGGGCAUAUUCGGUGAGGACGUGCAUUGAGCAGUGCAAGGAGGCCUAUAAGCCCUGGCUGUGCGCUCAGUACUUCCCCACCUCCCAGCUGUCCUGUCAGAGGAAGGUCCCAUGCUACGAGUACUGCCUGGAGGUCCAGCAGAGCUGCCCCUUCAUCCUGCCCGACAACGACGACAUGGUCUACGGCGGCAGCCCCAGCUUCAUCUGCACAGGGCUCCUGAAAGAUCACGUAUCGGACGAGACGGAGUGCUGCGACUACCUUUGGGACCCCAAAAUGGACCGGCACUCAGGCGGGACCCUCAAAAGGACUGCCUCCGCCUGCCAGCCCCAGGGGGCCUCGGUCACCUCCGCCGCCACCUCGAGACUGUGCAGCGGGCGGCUGAAGAUCUGCCUGCUGGCCCUCGUCCUCCUACACACUGUCAUCAUCAUCUCGGCCUCCCACAACUCCACGCUGGUGGGCGUGGCGGCCAUUUUCUCGCCAGAGGAGAGCGCCUCUACCGAGGAGUGAACCGUUCGGGGUUGAAUCCGGUGCUUGCGGUGGAGUGACGCCGGGUUUUAUUUGUUUCUUUUUGGGGGGGUGGGGGGGUGGGGCGGCAAAAAUGCCGCUACGAUUUCGCCCGGCGGCCACGGGGGAGAGGGAGGCUGACCGGAGCCGAGGGAGCCGUUGAUUGGACGUCCGAGCCGAGGUGUUUGGAGCCCCGCCCCCUAAAGGACUGACCUCUCGCCACUUGAAACCUGCUCAUUGUUUCUAUCCCACCCAAAUGUUUUCUAGCAGAUUGUCCUCCCCCCCCCGGCGUUCCCCGUGUGCAUGGACGGCACGUCGAAGGAGACAAACGGACAUCGGUGAAGUGUUGCUUACCUUUUAUUUCUUUAUUGCUGCAUUUCUUUCAGGUGCCAGAAAGUUUCAUUUUUAACAUUUUAACAUAUCAACUGUGUUCAACGUCCUGCUCGGCGGCGUCUUCUCGACAACCUGUGUGCGGUGCCGCUGGAGGGGGGGGGGGGGGGGUCAUCCUUCCAUCAUGUGGGUCUUGUUUCUCUGCCAACAGGAGUGUGUGUGUGUAUGUGUGUGGUUCCUCUACGUCCUUCACGUUCAGCAUCCUCCGCGUUUAAGGACCGUAAGUGCUCUGAGACCGGCUCGCUUCUGGGGGCGGCGCGGCGGACAGGAAGCGGGCGUCCUCUGGUCUCGGGAGUGCCCCCCCCCCCUCGUACGGCGGCGCAGAGAUCAGUCAGAGUCGUCGUGUACGGGAGGCGGCGGGGCCGCGUUCAUCAAGCGAAGGUAAAGACACAAGUCAGAGCGUCGGGAGCUGACAGGCGGAGUCGGACCCGCGGGACGAGGACGUAGCUCAGCGGCGACACGUAGCAUCCGGACUGUUGGCCCCUCCCCCUUCCCCCCCAGCGCUCCUCCACGGGAGGGUUUGGGUUAAAUGACUAAAACACGCCUCAGACACACGCGCCCUCAGAAAGGGAAAAGUAGGGAACGUCAUCACGAGAUGUUGAAACGUCCGACAUCUGGGAAAAGAGGGAGGAGCGUGUUUUCUAUCGCGUAUAUUCCUUCGUAUCGGCAGGGAUAAAACAAUAAAACAAUAAAGCAAACCGCCUCUCCGGCUUUCGGUGGUCAAACUCGGGGGGGGGGGCGCCGGUGAACGAGGCCCGCGGCGUUCAGAAGUGUCUUUGAUCUCUGAGUCCAGUGAGGCCGAUGCUGGCAGCGAAGAAGAGACGGUCCACGGCUGUCACCUCGUCUGUAUCACAGAGGAGGCGACCAGCUAAUCAUCAAUCGAUCGAUCAAUCAAUCAAUCAGUCCGUCGACUCUUCAACACCCUGAGACGAGCUCCAGAGCAAAGGGCUGCGUUGGCGCCGGCGUGCGAGGACUUUUCAAAGGGCUGAUCCAUCCAGUUUAGUUCCGUUUUGUUUGAUUGUUUGUUUAUUUGUUUGUUUGCGCGGGUUCUUUCUUCUAAGUUCCCGUGGACACGAGGGCGGCGGCACACCGGGGAUCAAAAAACACUUCAGCGAGAGGAACCGGAUCGGGACGGGAAACGAGAGAUUAGCCAAGAAUAUUAAAAAAAUACGACGCCGACAAGCAAUAUGCCAAAAAUAAGUCACACACACACACAAGCACACACACACACACACACACACUUAAUGAUCAGAUUGGAGUUCCACCUCCAAGUUGUUCUUGGCUGUGAGAGCAUACUCUCAGUCCCCCACCUCCAUUAACCCGUGACCUCGCGUCAGUUUUUGGGGUUCCCCGUCAUUGCAGACUUUAGCCCCGCCCCCUCUGCUCAAAACUGUGACCACGAGCACGCCCCCUCCCCCCCCCCCCCUCCAGACAGCAGCGGAUGUACUCGGUCUACGACUUUAGCGCUCCGUCCCUCCGUGUCCGGUGGAUCUAUGCAGAUGAACCCCAAACUAACCCCCACCACCACCACCACACCACACCUUGUCCUUUCUGUUGUAAAUAUGUACCCCUCCACCCUCCACGCCCCCCACCGUUGGAAUCUCACUGUGUUUUCUGUUCGCCUCCUUGGUUUCCUCGUCCAUUUUUUGCCGAAUUAUUUUCUGUUGUCUAAAGCAGUGGUGUCAGUUGAUGAGUAGGACUAAGUUGGAUGUUGAAAAGACGCGACGAAGAGGUCUUGAGAGAAAUCUACAAAAAAAAAGAAGAAAAGAAUUAUAAGGAAGCUUGAAUUGAGAAAAGGGUUCAAAUAUAGAGAAAAAAAAUUAUGAUAAAGUUGUCAUAUUGUCAUACUAGAGAUGCUUUAGUUUGCGAAUUUACUUUCUUUUUUUUCUACAAAAGACUUGGAUGAAAUUAUUUAUAAAAAUGCGUCCCACGAGUCAUGAUCUUUUAUGGACGUAAAGCAAAUACAUUUAUUAACAUUUUGUUCAAAAGAAAAUAAAUAUAAAUUAUGUUAAACAUUA